GCUAAGGCAGCCGCAGCAAUCGGGAGGAGGCGGUUAGCCGCUGUCACGGUUCAGACCGGGGCCUGGUCGCCGGCUGCUCGUCGACGGUGUGUUUGAAGCCGGGAGGGCGGCUCGAUUGCUUUCCCCUCGCUGUGUGUGUGUGCGCGCGCCGGACGGGGCGCUGCUGACGCCGCCGCCGCCUGGGCCCGGUCUCUAAGAUGGCGGCCGGCGUGGAGUCGCUGGCCGGCCCGAAGCUGCAGCUCACCGAGGCGGUGGAGCAGUACCGAGGCCUGUCGGAGAGCGACAAGCAUUGGAGGAUCCGCCGGCAGUUCAUCCUUCGACACAUCCAGAAUUACCCGGGAAACAGGAUGGAGCAGCUGCUCGCCCUCUCCAUGGUCUGGACCAACCAUGUCUUCCUGGGCUGUAGAUACAGCCCAGACCUUUUAGAGAGAGUCUUUCGAAUGGCUGAAGGUAUUGAUGUUGGUGAUAUUGGAUCAUGCGAGUUGGUUCCUGGGAGCGCAACAAACAAAAGAUCCAAUUCUGACAAUGGUGAAAAUCCAACAGCAAAGCGGAAACCGCCUUUAUUUCGCCCUCGGUUUCGUUUUGAGCCAGUUGCAUUUGUUAGCAGCAGCACCAAGGAGGAGAAUGAAGUGAAGAAAAAGCCAAGUCAAUCAGACAAGCCACGAAGGUGGGCAGAUUUAGAUGAAGAUAAUUCAAAUUGUUUGAUUAGAAUGGAGGAGAAAUCGGUAAAAGCAGAGUCUCAAUCCACCUCAAAAACAAGCAAAUCUAGCAAAAGUUCAAAUGGCCCACUGGAUCCUGCCACUUCUCAGAAUUCUAACACGUGUGAUUAUGACUCUUUGUGCAAAACCAUCUUCACAGAUGGAGAGCAAGCCAAAAGUGGAAACUGCGUUAAUGGGAUAAGCUGUUUAAGCACUUACAUGUCUAAAAUACAGCAGAAUUAUUCUGCUAAAUAUGAAGCUUAUCAUUCCAAUCCAUCAGAUCUUUAUCCAACAAUGAGGGGACCGGAUUUUUCCAAGACCCCAGUUGCCAAUAAACAGGGCUACAAGGGCCUGGGUUUCACACAGACCAAACGGUCGAAAAGUAGAAAAUCUUCUAAGAAGAAUGCCAGCAAGUCAGUCCUUCCAGAACCUUUGUCAAGCAAGGAAUCUCCAUCUGGUGGCUUUUCUCCAUCUGCAAUAAAGAGCAGACAGACUUUCUUUAAUAUGCUUCAGAUAUCUGUGUCAAGAAAGCUUAGUUCUAUUGGAGGUUUCAGUAACCAGCUAAACCACAGUGACGUGCUAAGCAGCUGUAUUCAGACAUGUAAAACAAAUCCUCAGUAUUUCUACGUAUCGCUGAAGGAGAUCCCUCCAGCUGAUGUACCAAAAAAUAAGAAAGUCUUGACAGAUGGCUAUGCCUGUGAGUUGAGAUGUCAGGGUGUCUACUUGGCUACAGGUUAUGCUGGCAGCAAAAUUGGAGCUCGCGAUAGGGCCUCUGAGCAAGCCUUAAAAUUGUUCCUUAAAGAUGUGGUGGUUGAGGUUGUGAAGCGCAAGUGUAAAAGUAAUUGUAUUGAUGAUUUAAUAUUAUGUGAAAAAAACACCCCUCGAAAUGACAUUCCUCCUGCUCUCAAAAAACCAGAUGAGAAAAUCCCAAGCAAAGAUACUAAAGAUACAGCCAAUAAAGGGAAUGAAACAACUAAACAGAACAAUCGGAAUUCGAAGGAUCUCAAAAAGAAGCACUGGAUGGAUUUUGUCAUUUUGGAGACCGCAAAAAAUGCUGUCUGCAUUCUGAACAAUUCAGCUCAAUUUAACAGAAUGACCGUGGAUUACAAGUUUCACCUGACGCCCAGUCAGAUCUGGCAAUGUCGUGUUUUUGUUGAAGAUCACUUUAUUGCUGAGGCUUAUGGAACCAAGAAGUUGGUGAAGCAUACAGCGGCAGAAAAAGCUUUGACAAUACUGAGGGAAACGCAACCUGUUGUAAAAUCGAGCAAACCAGGAAACACCGAUGCAGCCAUCUCUCGAAGUGCAAUUCUCGGAAGGUCGGCUGAGGAAGCUCUUAAACAAAAGAUCACAGAGGACAACAUUGGCAAUCAGCUUUUACGGAAAAUGGGGUGGAAAGGAGGUGGUUUGGGGAAAGAGGGUGAAGGUAUUGCAGAGCCAAUCAUUGUAAAAGAACAGUUCAAGAGAGAGGGCCUGGGUUUAGAGAUGAGCAAGAGUGGUUCUAAAUUAAACAAGCGUGAUAUAGAAGAUCUUAUCAAAAACUAUGCCCGCUCGGACAAGCAGGAAGAACUGACCUUUUCCAAAGAGCUAACCAACGAUGAACGAAUGCAAAUCCAUCAAAUGGCUGCAAAGUAUGGCCUCAAGAGUAAAUCCUAUGGAAAAGGAAAGGAGCGUUAUUUGGUUGUGAGCAGAAAGGUCCGUGUAGAUGAUAUUAUGAACCAGCUUGCACAAGAAGGACAAGUUGGCCGAUUUGAACUGGUAGUGCCCGGUUCUUCAACUUGAUGCAGAACUCUGCCCAAUUUUUCAUUUUUAUUUAUGUGCAGAUUUCUUCCGAAGUGAGACUUUCCCCCUGUAAUCUGAAUUCAGUUAAUGUAAAUGGUUUCUCAAUUGCAAUAGAAGUUUAUCUACACCUAUUAUUUACAGUUUUGAAAUCGUCAUCAGUGAGGUAGAUGUUCAAAACAAGGCAUCCAAAAUGAACUGUCUCAGUAUUUCUGCAUCACCUUUUUCCUUGUAUAAAGAUAACUGUCUGUGUUAUUUACAAAAAAUGGUAAUAAACUGCCACUGUUCAAAUUACUAGUGAGCUAAUAACUGUUUUGAUGUGGUUCAUCUCAGUUAGGAGCAAGUGAUGAGAUACAUUAAAAUUAUGACAGUUAAUCUUAAAAGUUAGUGUAUAUUUUUUAAUCCCAGUAUUUGUUUUUGAUGGGGGGAGGGGUCUCUUGUUGUUCAUGUUGCGCUAGGUUUUUGAUUCUUAUCACCAUCUACACCACAGAGUGGAAUAAAAUGUAAGUCAAGACCUCAACUUGCUUCAUCCUUUGUAGUCCCUAAUCAUUAAUGUACUGGUGGAAACUGUUUGUAAAGAAAUGAUAUUUUGGAACAGUUCUGUUUUGAUAGCUCCACAGUGCAAUAUUUAAACUCUAUAACUGUCCUUUUACAAUAAUUCUCCCACAACAUCCUGUAUUCGUCCUGUUUGAUAUGUCAAGCAGCAUUCUUUCUCCUCUGCUCAUCUUCUUGCUAGAAUUUGGGUGUUGGGUGCCCAAGUACCUUGCUGAACUGAUCAUUCUUCAUGCGAGCCCAUGUACUGGGUGACUGUACGCUCUUUGAAUAUAGUGGAUUUUGGAGCCUGUCCAGUAUGUCCUCGAUUCAUGUACAUAACAAAUGCACUUUCCAGCUGGGUUCCUGCACCCCCAACUCCUCCUUAACUCAGGAUGCUAAGGCCAAUUUUAGUGCCUUAUUCUAGCCCUGAAUGAGGAUUUUUGGAACCUUGAUUGUUUGUGGCCAGUAAGAUGUACAUGAACAUCCCUAGAUAGAAAUUUCAUUUUCUUUUGAGGACUACAGUGUGUGUUGAAGGAUUAGAUUCUGACCUCUUAGUCAUAAUGAGUUUCAUUUAGUUCUGCACUGGGACACUCUGUUGAGAUUAUCACUAUAUGAGUAAUGCUGGUGUGAUGAAAAUAUCUCUUUCUCUUAAUGCUCUGUCAUCUGCCAGCUAUGUCAAAGCAGCAUUGAGCGAUAAGGUGGACAGAAUAUUGGUCUACUUGCCAGCUGACAUUUCCUUUGAGGGAACAACAAGGUUCUAGUUGGUGUAUUUUUGGUGUAUUAAAUGGCAGUCCAGAAUGUCCUUUUGUUUUAAAUGGAAUAAAAUAUUUUUUAAAAUAAGCCUGUUACUGAAAAAUUGUGGAUUAAAUUUGCAUUGCUGCUA